CUUAUAUAUCGGAUUAUAAGCUGUUGUAAACGCACCGCAAAACCCCAAAACCUUAACCGCCAUUCGGUUUUCAUUUAACAAACAGUAACGCAAACCAGCUUUCCCUCUUUGGGUUCUUGACAAGGAAAAACGUUGUGGUUUUCUCCCUCCUCACAUUGCCCGUCAAUUGCUACUCUCCGGCGACUAGCAAAACAUGUCUGGGAGCACAGGAGUUGGCAAUGUCCCUCGCCAGCAGCAGACCUCGGGAGGGAGGCGAGGGGGAGGUCGUGGGAGGAAGGGAGGUCGUAGGUCACGUGAAGUGUUUAGGGCUUCUGAAUCCCAGCACCCUCAGAAGAAGGACGCCAGCGACGAUCAGCAAGACCUGAAAUCACCUCCUCCCGCUUGUACGGACUUCGACGUGGCCUACUUUGAGGCUUACGCCCACAUUGGUAUCCACGAAGAAAUGAUCAAGGAUCAUGUUCGAACUGAAGCUUACCGGGAUGCAGUCAUGCAACACCAGAGUUUUAUUCAGGGGAAGGUUGUAGUUGAUGUUGGAUGUGGCACAGGCAUUCUUUCGAUAUUUUGUGCUCAAGCUGGUGCAAAACGGGUUUAUGCAGUGGAUGCCAGUGCUAUUGCAGUGCAGCAGGCCAAAGAAGUGGUGAAAGCAAAUAAUUUAGCUGAAACGGUCAUUGUAUUGCACGGGCGAGUUGAGGAUGUUGAAAUUGAUGAACAGGUUGAUGUAAUAAUUUCAGAGUGGAUGGGCUACACGCUGCUCUAUGAGAGCAUGCUGGGAAGUGUUAUUACUGCUAGAGAUCGAUGGCUAAAACAUGGAGGCCUUAUUCUUCCUUGCACUGCAACGUUAUACCUGGCACCCAUCACACAUCCUGACAGAUACAAUGACAGCAUUGAUUUUUGGCGCAAUGUCUAUGGAAUUGAUAUGUCUGCAAUGCUGCCGGUAGCAAAACAGUGUGCGUUUGAAGAGCCAUGUGUGGAGACAAUAACGGGGGAAAAUGUUUUGACAUGGCCACAUGUGGUUAAGCAUGUGGACUGUUACACUAUCCAACUCAAUGAGUUAGAAUCUAUAUCAACAAGAUAUAAGUUCCAGUCAAUGAUGCGAGCUCCACUACAUGGAUUUGCGUUUUGGUUUGAUGUUGAAUUCAGUGGGCCAGCAAAUUCUUCUAUAAUCACUCCAAGUCAAUCCCCACUCAUUGGCAUAUCAGAUGAUGAUCCUGUUGAUGAUAUCCCAACUAAGAAACGCACCAAUCUCAACGAACCACUUGUACUCUCAACAGCACCAGAGGAUCCUCCAACACAUUGGCAACAGACAUUGAUAUACUUGUAUGACCCCAUAGAGGUGGAGCAGGAUCAAAUUAUUGAAGGCUCUGUAACACUAUCUCAAAGCAAAGAAAAUCGUCGAUUUAUGAAUAUCCAUCUUCAGUAUUCUUCGGGUGGCAGAUCCUUUGUGAAAGAGUCGGUAUUUCGAUGAUCCGUUCGAGGUAUUACUACUUUUUACUGAAGACUUGCACAGACAGUGAUUUGACUAACAUUGACCAUACAAAGCUGCACAAAGAUGAAGCUAUUUGUUUUACCUUGGCCAACAAACUGGAAGUUAUGAAAAUUUGACAUUACCUUUGCUGAUGCAGCAAAGAUUAUUGUUUGAAACACCCAUGAGAUGAGAUACUAGUGUAGCAAUAUUUUGUAGACUAGUUGAAAAUUCCUUGUCCUUAUGGAACUAGUAGUAAAUUCAGCAUUUAUCCCGGACCCGUUGUUUAAUUCAA